GGUCAGCAGGGUAGACUAGAGGGUGCGGAAGGCAUAGCUAGGGAAACAGUAUGUACUACUGCCACUAAAAGCAACACUGGGCUGAUCGUCUGUGCAGCGCUACCCCGCUGCUUGUCAGACAUUCUGAGGCUCAGUAGUAGGAAACAGACGUAGGGAGGGAUUAUUUAUUCCUGAUGCUUAAAAACUUUGUUGUCAAAUCCUGACUAACUCGUCCUGAAAGGCAGCUCUUGUACUCUAACUUCCCGAGGUGAAAGCAUUCUAAAAUAACAGAUGUAGGAAGAUGUUGACCAUCGAGAAGGGAGUUGUAGAAGAAUGGUUAUCAGAGUUUAAGACAUUGCCUGAGGCAUCUAUUUCAAGUUACUCUGCAAAUCUAAAAGAGAAGACCUCUGUGGUAUCAGCUCUAUAUGAAGUCAUCAAGGAGCCGCAGAGUGAGUUGCUGGAACCCGUCUGCCACCAGCUCUUUGAGUUUUAUAGAAGCAGAGAAGAACGACUUAGGCAGUUCACCCUUCAGUUCCUGCCGGAGCUCAUAUGGUGUUACCUCUCUGUGACUGCCAGUAGGGACUUACAGAGCAGCGGAUGCAUUGAGGCGCUUCUCCUCAGUGUCUACAAUUUGGAGAUAAUGGAUGAAGAUGGACACAGCAAGAUCUUGUCUUUUACCAUCCCGUCCUUGUCAAAACCAUCCGUUUACCAUGAGCCUUCAAGCAUUGGAUCUAUGGUACUUACUGAAAGUGCACUCUCCCAACACGGUUUGGCCCGAGUUGUGUACAGUGGACCUCAUCCACAGAGAGAGAUGUUAACUGCCCAAAACAGGUUUGCAGUAUUGUCGUUCCUCUUGCUUUGCUAUAACUCUGCUUUGAACUAUAUGCCUCCAGUUUCUCUGCGCUCCUUAUGUCAGAUGAGCUCAAGGCUCUGUGUUUGUGGUUAUCCUCGGCAACAUGCAAGAAAAUACACAGGUGUUAAGAGCAGAAUACCAGCAUCUUCAGAGUUUAUUGUGCAGCUGCUGACUGGCAUCUAUUACUCAUUUUACAAUGGAGAAUGGGAUGCAGCUCGCAGAGCUCUUGAUGACGUUCUGUAUAGGGCACAGUUGGAGCUUUUCCCAGAGCCUUUACUGAUUGCUAAUGCAAUAAAAGCGUCAUUACCCCAGGGUUCUAUUAAGGCAAAUAAAGAAGGCACAAAGUGCAUACAAGUGGAAAUCACACCAUCAACAUCCAGGAUAUCAAGAAACGCAGUGACCAGCAUGUCCAUCAAAGGCCAUCGGUGGAAAAGACAUGACACUGCAGAUUUAGCCCUUCCGGAGGAGCUGACUGAUAUAUCUGAAGUGGAUGAAGGCUUUUGUUCCAGGGCUACAUCUAACACAAGCCAGUCUGCUUUAUCCCAUAGCAGCAGUGGUGGAUUAAGUAGACCAUCUUUGGGAAAGACCCAGAAAAGAUCAACUGGGGGCAGAAGUGGGGGUAAGGAAAGGGAACCAAUCGGAGAUUCUUGCCGUGAUCAUCUCAGCAGGAAGCAGAACCAGAGGGCCAUGAGCGAGAACUUGGAGCUAGUAUCUCUAAAGAGGUUAACUUUGACCACCAGCCAGUCACUUCCCAAACCUGGCAGUCAUAGUUUGGCACGGACGGCCACUGCUGUAUUCAGUAAAUCCUUUGAACAAAUGAGUGGUGCUCAAGCUGUGCGCAAUCCUACGAGCACAAGCUCUGGUGCUACCGCAAGCAGCACUGAAUCCAAUAGAUUUAGUGCAUGUAGCUUGCAGGAGGAGAAAUUGAUUUAUAUUUCAGAGAGAACUGAGCUUGCAGUGCCUAGUAAGCAUCAGCAAACUCACCAACGGUCCCCUAGUAUAUGUAUAACUCUGUCUACAGACUAGACCUAUAAAAAAAAAACAGCAUUUUAUUAUUCAUUUUUUAAUACUUUUGGCUAUACAGACAUUAAAUCUUUGAUCAAUAACAAUCAAUGUUUCUCUAUGGUUAUAAAGUUUUUAUGAGUUAACAAAAUUGAAGAUCAAUCUGUUUAGAUGCAUACAUUUUUGUGUUUACUUCUUGUUCUGUGUUUGGGGUAAUGGGAAAAUAGGGAUUAUCGUGAUGUUACUACUUGCCUUGGGACAUCUGCAGUGCUUGCGGGACUGGGACAUCAAACACCACUCACUGGCAUAUUGAAGAUAUGAGAAAACAUAUUCUGUCCCACAGUGUUCAAUACCGAUCCAUGAUGUAUGUUAUCUACCUUUGUGAAAUCCUUUAUUGAAUGUUACCUUAUAGGAAAAAAUGGUUAGAAUAUCUGUUUCAUUCUUAUACAAGUAGGCUCUCAUUGUUUCUGUUCAUGCGCAGCUGGACAAGUAAAUGGAAUGGAUAACCAUGACCUACGUUAUUUUUAGCAAAAUGCAGCAGCUUGGUUUUCAUGAAAGGAAAAAAAAAAUCAAGAGGUGAUGUGAUCAGCUGUGCUGUAAAACGUUAAUAGAUGAUCUGUGUUUUUGUUUACCCAGUUAACAUUAUAAAUUUGCACAAAUCUCAUAUCUAACAUCAGCAGACAGCAAUUCUUUAAGACUUAGUUUAUAUUAGUACAGAAACACUAACAUUGCUAAUUCUUUAACUGUACUUUUUAUGGUAGAUGAUUACAGUGUAAGUAAUGAUCAUUAAAACACUUUUUUGUCUAUUUUUAGAGUGAGGGGAAAAAAACACAUUAAUAUUUUUAGAGGGUUAUUUUUUUUUAUUUUCAAAUGCUAUUUCAUGUUGCAGCGACAAAGAGUUUGGAAAGCAUUUAGAAGGUUAUACGUAUAUUGUAAGAACUGACUGCUGGAUGUGUGUGUUUAUUUUUAAAUCCAAUGGGGCCAGUUUAUCAAUGUCUGUUUGACAUGAUACGCUGUAGCGUAUCAUGUCCGACAGACAUCGCUGAAUGCACACGCUGCUUGUACAAUGCCGCCCCCUGCAGAUUUGCGGCCAGCAGGGGGUGUUAAUCAGCCUGAUCGUAUAGGAUUGGGCAGAUUGCAGACCACAACCUCAGAGGCAGCAGACCAGUUAUGGUGCAGCGGUCUUAAGACCGCUGCAUCAUAACUGCUGUUUCUGGCGAGCCUGUCAGCCCCAUAAUGUUUUGAGAAAAGUGUGCGUCUCUCUUGCGCUCUCUCGUGCGCCUCUCGUCACUCUCGCCUCUCUCAAUAUAUAUAUAUAUAUAUAUAAAUAAACUAUAAAAUUUCCUUUAGGUGGAAAAAGUUUUAUGCAACUCUUAUUUCAUAAAUAUAAGGGCCAAAACGGUUUAAAAUAGUGGAAUCCUGAAGAAAGGACCGUGAAAUAUAUUUGUAAAUCCUAUACUGUGGUUGUACUAGUACAGUCAAGUUAAUAAGUUCUUUGCAGAAUUCAGUCCUUGUCUAUAGUGUAAGCUUAAACCUAGCUUUGAUCUGGAGUUUGGCUGCACUAAUCCAUCUACAUUUUUAGAUAUUUGCAUAUCAUUGAGCAACUGUGUACUUAGUCUUGUUAAAUUGUUCAGUACAGUAUAAUAUAUUGACUCUUCAUUAGUACACCUGAGAGCAGACUGUUUUUUGUGCUAUAGUAUAAACAGAAAUAAGCCACAGAUAACUAAAGCAGGAACUGUAUAAUAGGCCAGAUAACACUGCAUCAGUGCUUUUGAGAAAUCACCUGAAACUUGCAUGUUAAUAUAUAAAAGUUCUAAAUAAAAUCUCUUCUGGUGUUGCAGUAAAAUGUUAAAUGGUGUUAUCUGGGUAUGGAUUUCUGUUGUCCUUUUAUUUUACAAGUGGCAGUGGCUUCCGAUCCCAAGGGAAUACCACUUUGAGAUUAAUGGAAAGCCUAAUCUCGCUUACAGGGGCAUUCCUGUAUAUGAAUACAUGCUUAGUUUUAGCGAAACUGGGACAUUUUAUUUUAAGCAAAAUCAAUUUCCAUACUUUCUGCUAAAGUCGAGGUGCACACUUACAUGCUGCUCCAAAUAAGGAUACAGACGGUGAACCAAUCAGAAUGAGUUAUACAUUAUAUAUGCCACAAUCAUCAGCCUCAUCUGGAGUGUGCUAGGGUGUUAUGGGAGCUUUAACUGUUCAAACUGGUGGUAAGAUAAACCAUUUCCUUAGACUUUAAUAAAUACUUGUUUACACAGUUUACAACAGCAUUGAAAAGUAAGCCUAUCGGGCCGAUUUAUCAAUGUCUGGCGGACAUGAUACAGUGUAGCGUAUCAUGUCUGCCAGAUAUCGCUGAAUGCCAACAGCAUAAGCUGUCGGCAUUUAACAUUGCACAAGCAAUUCUAGUGAACUGCUUGUGCAAUUCCGCCGCUAGGAGGGGGAGUCAAUCAACCCGAUCGUAUGCGAUCAGGCAGAUUGAUGUCCGCAGACGAUUUAAGGAGCAGUGGUCUUAAGACCGCUGCGUCUUAACUCUUGUUUCGGAGACAGGUAUUUAGUCCCAUUCGGGCCGUGAUAAAUCGUCCCCUAUGUGUUUAUUUCCUUUGCAGAACUUAAACACAUAAUAAGAGAAGAGAAAUUGUUUAAACAUUAAAUGUUCUAUACACUGUAAAGUUUCUUUAAGCACUGUCCUUAUCACUAUUUUUCAUAGCAAUACAUUUUAGGAAAACCUGUUCUACAUCUGUAAAGUGCAGAAAAGCGAUUGUCCAUAAACUGAGGUCUAUUUAGCACAUCAGAUAUAAUCAUUUCAGGGUAAUGCACAUAGUCCUUGUGGGGAAAAUAGUCGGCAUAUAACUUAAAUUGCCCAUGUGACAAUGUCUUUUCUCUAUUAAGGUUGAAGUGUUUUAGUUCUCUGUGAAGAUUUCAUAUCUACCUCCUUCAGGAAAAUGUGUAUUUUCUGCAUGGUGAUUGUUUUAUACUUCAGAUAUUGUCCGUCUGUGUUUAGAGUGUGUAUUAGUAAAUAAAGCCAUGGCGGUCUAGUUUCGUACAUUAACUUGCAUUUACUUGCUAAUUUGGGAUAUGAAAAGCCAUAUACUUUUUACAUAUUAUAAUUUACUUACCAUUUACAUUGAUUAAGCUAAUAAAAAUGAUAUGCAAUCUCAUUUUUGUACGUACAUUUCUACAUACCUAAUUUGUACAUGGGGGGGAAUGUUCUGGUAGUUAAAUAUAUACUAUAAAUCAUAACAUACAAGAUUUUUUGAGAGAGAAAAAAGUGUUAAUGAUAUAUUAAAAAAUCUCUAAACUGAGUACAAUGUUUUAAUUGCACUGGAAGUGCCAUAACUUUUGAUAAAGGGAGUGAAAGUCAAUAAAAUUAAUUUUUGGGAAUUUUUUUAUAAUAGUUUUACUCUCUAGAAUGAUUUUUAACCUAGGAAACAUUAAUAUGGUUGUCUGUCUGUACAGUAGAUUGCUACUCUGUGUGUUUUUAUCAAUUUAUUUUGACACAGGUUCCCAAAAAUAGCCAUUGUAUAGUGAUUAAUGUUUGUGGCCUUCAGUAAGUCUUUGUGUGCAACCUCACUUGACUUUAGCGUUCAUUUGUAUGGUUAUUUGUUGUAUGCUCUUUAGAACAUUUCUAUUAAGUGCAAAGUAAAUGUAUAUGUAGGUGGCUAAUUUAAGCUCAUUGUUAAGUUUCUACAAUUUUGUUUUUGUAAUGGAAGAAUAAUGGAACUUGGUCUGAUUGUUGUAAUAGUAAGUUACAUGAAAGAUCCCUGGCACUAGAAUGUUUGGACGCUGUUCUAGUAAUUAAUGUAGGUUACCAUACAUGUGAUGCUUUUAUAGGCUAGGUAGGUGUUUUUUAGAGUGGGUUGCUUGUUAAUAUAUUUUAAUUGUAUGUUUUGUUAAUUGCAUUUUUUUUUAUUACAUAAAAUAAGACAUUACGCUAAUACAGAAUUUGCUAGCAAAAAACGUACAGUUUAAUUUUCAUAAUUCAUAAUCUCUCUGAAUUUUGUUUGUUAUAAUUUGACAUUAAUUUUAAGCCGAAAGGUCCCACAACAUGUCAUUUCUUGUGUUCCUUUUUCCCUUGCUAGAUAACGCACAAUACAUUGUUACACCGUACAUUAAUAUUCCCCAAGCAUCAGUACACACUGGUAAUCUGCCCAGGAUCUGCAAAAUGAAUUGGUUACAAAUAUGAUGUUCUGUGUUAAUAAUUUCAGUAUGUUAUGUUCUUGUCAUUUACUGUGUCCCAGUAUUUGUGCUAGAAAUUGAGAUCAAAAGCCUCUUACAUUACACAAAUGUGCCAUAUAAAUAGUUUAUAUUUGAAAUUCACAUGGUUUCCCUUUUAUCUCUGAUUUUGCGUUCUAUGUUUACAUAUUUUAUUGUAAUAACAUAGUAAGAUAUAAGAUAGCAGUGUUUUAUUUUUUGAUUUCUUUUUUACAUAUACUGUUUUAUCAGUACAGCACAAUUAUUUUAAUGUUAAAAUAAACCUUUUGCAACAUU